GCAGUUCUCAAAUUUCCCCAGCGGUUUUUUUUCUUUCAAGUUCUUUUCACGUUGUCCUUCUCACUGGCUCACUUCUUUUUAUCAGGUUGAAGAUGAUGGACCUCGUUUUGCUGAAACAGAUGAUGGGUGGUGGAUAGAUUGAGUCUACUCAGAGAAAUCUUCAACCAAAUUGAAAUUUUUUGGUGACCCAAAUGAUUGAAUUGAGAUGGGGUUGACUAAUUUUGACUGAUUGAUGGAUCAGACGGCUCCUAAGGUUGCAACAAAUCAGGAAAGUUCGGAAUCGUGGUGCAACUGAAAUGAACUCAAUUAAUCACGUGGAAAAGCUAUUUGAUUUUGUAGUCGAAACGUGGGUGAUUCUAAAUUGCUGAGUUUCUAGCUGUUGGUCUGUUUGUAGUCAACACUCUUGAAUACACCAUGGGUGUUUCUGGAAAAUGGUUCAAGGCGUUAGUUGGUUCAAAGAAGUCAGAAAAAUCUCAGUCAUCAGAACAUGAUCAAAAUGCGAGGACAGUAACCAACAAGUUUUGGCAUCGGAGAAAGCAUUCUGUUGAUAUUGAUGCUGAUAAACUUCAGCAUGAGUUCAAUUCAAAUUUUACCCCAUUUGUUGAAGAGUCCAAUGCUCUUUCAGAUCCAGAAGCUGCUUCUAUUCCUUCUGAUUCACUUCAAACUUAUGAUGCAUUACAUAGUCAACAGAAUGAUAUAGAAGAACAGGCUGCUAUACGCAUCCAAACAAUGUUUCGAGGAUUUCUGGCUAGAAGAGCUCUCCGAGCUCUCAAGGGAUUGGUUAGACUUCAAGCUCUUGUCAGGGGUCAUGCUGUCAGAAAACAAGCUGCAAUAACUCUACGCUGUAUGCAAGCUUUAGUGAGAGUCCAGGCUCGUGUUCGAGCAAGGCGUGUACGUAUUGCAUUGGAAAGUGAAACUGCACAACAAAAACUUCAACAAGAACUUGAAAACCAGGCUCGAGUUCGAGAAAUUGAAGAAGGUUGGUGCGACAGUGUUGGAUCUGUUGAAGACAUUCAAGCAAAAUUAUUAAAAAGGCAGGAGGCUGCAGCUAAGCGUGAGAGAGCCAUGGCAUAUGCUCUGGCUCAUCAGUGGCAAGCAGGAUCAAGACAGCAGGCCGCCCUCUCUCAGUUUGAACCAGAUAAAAGCAGCUGGGGUUGGAACUGGUUGGAAAGGUGGAUGGCUGUUCGUCCGUGGGAAAACCGCUUUCUUGACAUCAAUCUGAGAGAUGGAGUGAUGAUUCGUGAGAAUGGAUCAUCUGAGGGAAAAAGUAACACUAGAUCUCAUUUAAAAACUACUGGCAAGAAGACAAACUUAGUAAUUGAUCAAUCAAACCUCUCGAGCCAGAAAACUGCUGGCUCACAUUCUGAUGGAUGUGGUUCAUCAUCUCCCACUAAGUCAGCUGGCACUGUAGAAAUAUCCAGUGCACAGGUUCAAAAGUUCAAGCAUAAACUUGCACCUGAGAGGCCAUUUGAAGAAGUCAAAGCAAAAGUGGAUACUGGUUUAAGAUCGCAUAGCAAUCCAAAAGAGAGAUCCACACCAUUGGUCAAAAAUGCAAAGAAGCGAUUAUCCUUGCCUAAUAAUGAUCCUGGUAGUCAAAAUCAAACGGUGAGAAAUUCUGCUGGCAAAGCGACCAUGGCCAAGUCAAUCAACGAUAAACCCAAGUCAAUUUCCAGAUCAGCUGACUCAAAAUCUGCAAAACCUAGAUCCCAGAAUUGAUAUGCAAACUAUUCCAAAUGGUGAGGAAAACACUUCAAGUCGUAUAGUGUCCGGGAAUGUGCUGCAGGAUCGUGUGUAAAUAUGGCAAGGCCAUGUUGUGAUGGGGUCGGUCACUAGAAAGUUUGUCUUCCCUUUGAAUUUCUGAGUUUAUUUCAUAGUGAGUUAUUGCAAUGGUUGGCCAAUGUCUCAGGGAAUAAGGUUGGUGAGUUUCAUUGGGUGAGUCUGUAAUUAUUCAUCUUUAUUUAUUGUCUUCAACCAUGUGGCUCUUUGGCACUUGUUCAUUUUUUUGCUCCCUUGUAUUUUUGUUGUUCAAUGUUUGAUUUCAAAGAAUCUGGUAUAGAUUGGUUUUGUAAUCAUGAAUCUCUUAUGAUCUUAUCUACCCUUUUUAGGAAAUAUCCCAACCAUGGAGAUUUUAAUUUCUACCUC